CCCCGCCCCGUAAGCCCGGGGCCGCCGCUCGGACGCGCAGCGCCAGGGCCCGCGGGGCCGAGCCUGGGCGCCCUCGGGGCGGGGAGAGCCCUGCGGAACCGCCGCUCCCGGCCGUCAGGCCAGGCCGGCCCGGCCCGGCCCGGCCCGGCCCCGCCCCGCCCCGCCCCGCCCCGCCCCGCGGGCGCCCCCGCCGCCCGCUCCAUUGGCCGCCGCGGUGGGCGGUGGUGCCGCGGGGCGCCGCGGCGGCGCAUGCGCGGUGGCGUGAGGCGCGGGUUGGAAGCCGGGCGUCCCGCGCGCGGCGGGUCCCGCCCUCUUUCGCCUCCUGUUGCCCCUUCAUCGCCGUUACCCGCCGCGGCGGCACACCCGCCAUGGCGAGCAGGGAAGUGCUGGAGGACACGGUGGAGGAGCGCGUUAUCAGCGAGGAGUACAAGAUCUGGAAGAAGAACACCCCCUUCUUGUACGACCUGGUGAUGACCCACGCGCUGGAGUGGCCCAGCCUCACCGUGCAGUGGCUGCCCGAUGUGACCAGGCCAGAAGGAAAGGAUUAUGCUCUACACUGGCUGGUUUUGGGAACACACACAUCUGAUGAACAGAACCACCUGGUUGUUGCAAGAGUCCAGAUUCCCAAUGAUGAUCAGUUUGAUACUGCGCAGUAUGACAGUGAGAAAGGAGAGUUUGGUGGCUUUGGAUCUGUGACUGGCAAAAUUGAAACAGAGAUUAAAAUUAACCAUGAAGGUGAAGUGAACCGUGCUCGUUACAUGCCACAGAAUCCCUGCAUCAUUGCUACAAAAACACCGUCUGCUGAUGUGUUGGUAUUUGACUACAGUAAACAUCCUUCAAAACCAGACCCAAGUGGAGAGUGUAAUCCUGACCUUAGAUUAAGAGGGCACCAGAAGGAAGGCUAUGGCUUAUCCUGGAACUCAAAUUUGAGUGGACAUCUUCUUAGCGCAUCAGAUGAUCAUACUGUGUGUUUAUGGGAUAUAAGUGCUGGACCAAAAGAAGGCAAAAUUGUUGAUGCAAAAGCGAUCUUUACUGGGCACUCUGCAGUGGUUGAGGAUGUGGCAUGGCAUUUGCUCCAUGAAUCUCUGUUUGGAUCUGUGGCAGAUGAUCAGAAGCUCAUGAUCUGGGACACGAGAUCUAAUACCACAUCCAAGCCAAGUCAUUCUGUAGAUGCUCAUACAGCUGAGGUCAACUGUCUGUCCUUCAAUCCUUACAGCGAGUUCAUUCUAGCAACUGGUUCUGCUGACAAGACAGUGGCUCUGUGGGAUCUUCGAAACUUAAAAUUGAAACUCCAUUCUUUUGAGUCUCAUAAAGAUGAAAUUUUUCAGGUUCACUGGUCUCCUCAUAAUGAAACAAUUCUGGCGUCAAGUGGUACUGAUCGUCGGCUUAAUGUGUGGGAUCUAAGUAAAAUUGGUGAAGAGCAGUCUGCAGAGGAUGCAGAAGAUGGGCCUCCUGAGCUGCUGUUUAUUCAUGGAGGACACACUGCCAAAAUUUCAGACUUCAGUUGGAAUCCUAAUGAGCCUUGGGUGAUCUGUUCUGUAUCGGAAGACAACAUAAUGCAGAUAUGGCAAAUGGCAGAAAACAUUUACAAUGAUGAAGAACCAGAUAUAGCAGCAGCCGAACUGGAGGGUCAAGGAACAUAAUUUUUCUUCCUUAAGGAAAUACUGGUUGUUACAUAGUAAUAUAAUUUGACUACUAUAUACAUGGGGGAGGGGGAAAAGGCCCUAAAACCAAACAAAAAAAAAACCCCACACCAAAACCAACCCAAGCUCGGGGCAGAAGCUUUGCAUCCAAUCGGAAAUAUUCUUCAUUGGGCACAAGAACUUUGUAUAGUCAAGUUGUGAUGGGCUACCCUUGGUUAUUUGGGCACUUGGAGCUAUUGUGUACUGUACAGCAAUUAGCUUUUAGGGAAAAUAAGAAUGACUUAAUACCUAUGUCUAUAUAUUUUUAAACAAACUUAGUGGGUUCUUGUAAAUAAAACAGUCAAAUCCUCACUCUUCCCACACACAACGUGUGCAAUGAAGAAAAAGUUUUUAUUAAUAUGUAGAAAGAGCUUUUCACUUUUACACAACACUUUUGGAUUGGCUUUGCAUAAAUAAAAUUUAUUAAAUAAAA